AUGUAUGGGGACGUUCUUGGUGGAAGCUGCCGAUUCCAAGGACCCCGAGGUCAAAAAAAGGUCGACAAGUUCUACCAGCAAAAUGGCCCUUCAAGAAUCGUCGAAUGCUGGGGCAAGCAUCUAGAGCGAAAAUGGACGGAUUACACCUUCAUCGAGAGCGCCGUCAACGUAAUCAGAAAGCGAGUUCAGACCGACCUCAACCGGAUUGUCAACAAAAAGGCCUUUUGUCAUCCUGCCAACUCAAUCAGCCGCAAGAAGAUCCACAACUUUUCUAUGAAGCGCCUGAGGCGCACCCUUGAGACAACAGCACCCACUCUCACUCAAGUCCUUGUUGCAUUGAUGCCAACAAAUGUAACAGCAAAGGCGCAAGAUUCGAGUCCGAAUAUGAAUGACGAGGACGUUUUCUCUCUUGCUUCGAGGAUAGAUCCCGAGGCACCUCCUUCAUUAGUUGCAGCAGCGCCACCGUCCGCCGUGAACCUGGAAUUGGAAUCGAUUGUAGGCUCGGAUGACGAUUUGUACGCAGAUUCAGAAUCGGACUCGCACUUGGCCCUGGACUCCAAUUCGGACUCGGACGCGGAGUCAGACGCUCUUGUCGACACUGUAGCGGCUCCAAUCACCGUGACCGCUUCAGUCACCGCGGCCCCUACCCUUGUGGACACUGUUGCCGGUUUAAAUACCCUUAUAGAAAUACCCGACCAGAUUCUCGACUUUGAGAAAAUGUUACUAAUUGAAUCGGAUGCAGAGGACGAGGACGAACACUUAUGGGUGGAUCAGGAGCGGAUAUUGGCAAACAAGUCAGACCCUAAUCCAGACCCGGACCCAGGCUCCUUUGUUGCUACCGUCGGCAGCAUGUUGGUGUUUAUGAGGAGCGAAAGAUCCAACUAUCUACAGAUGAUGAUGGGGCUUCAUUUGCGUGGAAUGUCUUGUCCAAAGCAGUUGAUCACACUUCUCAGCGUUAUGAAUCUCUCGAUGAGCUACAAGACCACCACGAUUGGACUCAAAUCGUUGGCGAAGGACCAUUAUAGACUGCUGCGAGUAGCAGCACACACUCGCCAGAUGAUCCUCUGUUCGGCCAUUCUUCGUAUACACCAUGGACACAUUGCUCAACCAGGAUCACUCUACUACUACAAAACCAAGUUGGGCCGCAGGAGACUGAACUUGGAUUCCCCCUGCCAUCAUUCAGCUGAUGAGUUUUUGCGUACUGUGUUUGCUGCAAUGGUCAAGCAAAUGUGGCAAGCGAAGCAUAAUAGCAACCCGCAGGGCGCAGGAUCCAUACCAGGCGACAACUUUCUCACAGAACUCAACGACCUCGUCAGCUCCAACUUUUUCGACUCAGACACUCUACGCGGUCUUCCUCACCGAUGGAUUGCCGGCGACUUGUAUCAGGAAUUCAACAACCUUCUUACGAAGAGGACCCAUGCCACUGUCGGCUUCAAAACCUCAACAAUGGCGUACAUCACUCCUUUGAUUCGUCUAUUCCAUGUGAUCCACAAAAAAAUGCGCGCGGAGUAUAAGUUGACAGAGGAGUCAGCCUUUCAUAGGGAUGUGACGCCAGAAGGUGAUAUUCUGAUCAUCAUGAACUCGUUGAAGGAGAGCAAUAUUUUGGGUGUCGAAAAGUGUCCCGUUGCACACGAAGGAGUUGCGCCUGUUCAAGAUUUGAUGGUGGAGGGUGUGCAAGCUUUGCAGAAGGGAGGCUUUGCGAGAUUCGUCAAGCGCAUGACGGAGGAAGAGUCCGACAGGGUCGAUAAUACUGCGACAGAGUUGGAGGAAGCCUUGUCGGAUGAAAUGCUGAUUCGUCUUGACAAAGAACGCAGUCGAAGUGAGAAAUACCUGAACUCGUUAUUUAAUUAA